GGGCUCGGCUCCAGGCCGGCGGCGCUGCGCGGGGUCCCCGGCGCCGCCAAUGAAGGCAGCCGCAGGCGGCGGGGCCGCGGCCGGGUGAGGCGGCGGCGGGGCCGGCGGUGCGGUGCGCGGAGCGGGCGUCCCGGCGCAGCCCGCGCUCUCCCGCGCCAUGUCAUCGCAGGGCAAGUUCAAGAAGGACAAAGAAAUCAUCGCCGACUAUGAGGCGCAAGUCAAAGAAAUCCGAACUCAGCUGGUGGAGCAGUUCAAAUGUCUGGAGCAGCAGUCGGAGUCGCGCCUGCAGCUGCUGCAGGACCUGCAGGAGUUCUUCCGCAGGAAGGCUGAGAUCGAGCUGGAAUACUCCAGGAGCCUGGAGAAACUGGCUGAACGUUUCUCCUCCAAGAUACGCAGCUCCAGAGAGCACCAGUUCAAGAAAGAUCAGCACCUCCUUUCCCCUGUGAACUGCUGGUAUCUGGUUCUGACACAGACCCGGCGAGAGAGCAGAGAUCAUGCCACCCUGAAUGACAUCUUCAUGAACAAUGUCAUCGUCCGGCUGUCACAGAUCAGCGAGGAUGUCAUCAGGCUCUUUAAAAAGAGUAAGGAGAUUGGCUUACAGAUGCAUGAAGAGCUCCUGAAAGUCACCAACGAGCUCUACACGGUGAUGAAGACCUACCACAUGUAUCAUGCAGAAAGCAUCAGUGCUGAAAGCAAACUGAAGGAGGCAGAGAAGCAAGAGGAGAAGCAGUUCAACAAGUCUGGGGACAUCAGUGUGAACCUGCUGCGGCACGAGGACAGGCCUCAGCGGCGCAGCUCCGUCAAGAAGAUUGAGAAGAUGAAGGAGAAGAGACAAGCCAAAUACUCUGAGAACAAGCUGAAGUGCACCAAGGCCAGGAACGACUACCUGCUGAACCUGGCAGCCGCCAACGCCGCUGUCAGCAAAUACUACAUCCACGACGUCUCCGACCUCAUCGAUUGCUGUGAUCUGGGGUUCCACGCCAGCCUUGCUCGGACGUUCAGGACGUACCUGUCUGCUGAGUACAACCUGGAGACCUCCCGCCACGAGGGCCUGGACAUCAUUGAGAACGCUGUGGACAACCUGGAUGCACGGAGCGACAAGCACACCAUCAUGGACAUGUGCAACCAGGUCUUCUGCCCUCCGCUGAAGUUUGAGUUCCAGCCUCACAUGGGGGACGAGGUGUGUCAGGUCAGUGCCCAGCAGCCUGUGCAGACCGAGCUACUGAUGCGAUACCACCAGCUCCAGUCACGACUAGCCACCCUCAAGAUUGAGAACGAAGAGGUGCGGAAAACGCUGGAUGCCACGAUGCAGACUUUGCAGGACAUGCUGACGGUGGAAGAUUUUGAUGUUUCAGACGCCUUCCAGCAUAGCCGCUCCACUGAGUCGGUCAAGUCAGCUGCAUCAGAGACCUACAUGAGUAAAAUAAACAUUGCCAAGAGGAGAGCCAACCAGCAGGAAACCGAAAUGUUCUAUUUUACAAAAUUUAAAGAGUAUCUGAAUGGCAGUAAUCUUAUCACGAAGCUCCAGGCUAAACAUGACUUGCUGAAGCAGACUCUUGGAGAAGGUGAAAGAGCCGAAUGCGGAACAACCAGGCCCCCAUGUCUUCCCCCUAAGCCACAGAAAAUGAGGAGACCUAGGCCUCUCUCAGUCUAUAAUCAUAAACUCUUUAACGGGAAUAUGGAAACGUUCAUUAAGGACUCGGGCCAGGCUAUCCCACUCGUAGUAGAAAGCUGCAUUCGUUACAUCAAUUUGUAUGGCCUCCAGCAGCAGGGCAUUUUCCGGGUUCCUGGCUCCCAGGUAGAAGUCAACGACAUCAAGAAUUCCUUUGAGAGAGGUGAAGAUCCUCUUGCUGAUGAUCAAAAUGAACGUGACAUUAAUUCAGUGGCUGGAGUCUUGAAGCUGUAUUUCCGAGGACUGGAAAACCCCCUCUUUCCUAAGGAAAGGUUUCAAGAUUUGAUAUCUACUAUAAAAAUCGAGAACCCCACCGAGCGAGUGCACCAGAUCCAGCAAAUCAUCAUCACUCUGCCCCGAGCUGUCAUUGUUGUCAUGAGAUACCUGUUUGCUUUCCUUAAUCACUUGUCACAGUACAGUGAUGAGAACAUGAUGGAUCCCUACAACCUGGCCAUCUGCUUCGGGCCCACGCUGAUGCACAUUCCAGACGGGCAGGAUCCGGUGUCCUGCCAAGCCCAUGUCAAUGAGGUCAUCAAAACCAUCAUCAUUAACCACGAGGGCAUCUUCCCCAGCCACAGAGAGCUGGAAGGACCUGUCUAUGAGAAGUGCAUGACUGGAGGGGAGGAGUACUGUGACAGCCCGCACAGCGAGCCAGGCGCCAUCGACGAGGCUGAUCGUGACAAUGGCACGGAGCCGCACACCAGUGAUGACGAAGUGGAGCAGAUUGAAGCCAUAGCAAAGUUUGACUACAUUGGACGAUCUCCACGAGAGCUUUCCUUCAAGAAAGGGGCCUCACUCCUCCUGUACCAUCGGGCAUCAGAAGACUGGUGGGAAGGGAGACACAAUGGUGUGGAUGGCCUCAUACCCCACCAGUACAUUGUGGUGCAAGACAUGGAUGAUGCAUUCUCUGACAGCCUGAGUCAGAAGGCAGACAGCGAGGCAAGCAGCGGGCCCCUGCUGGAUGAUAAAGCUUCCUCCAAGAAUGACAUUCAGUCUCCAACGGAUCACAUUGUGGACUAUGGCUUUGGGGGAGUGUUGGGCCGAGUGAGAUUGAGGUCUGAUGGUGCAGCUAUCCCUCGCCGCCGCAGCGGGGGGGACACCCACAGCCCGCCCCGAGGGAUGGGUCCUGGCAUAGACACUCCUCCUCGAGCUGCAGCCUGCCCUAGCAGCCCCCACAAAAUACCUCUUAACAGGGGCAGGAUUGAGAGUCCUGAAAAGCGCAGACUGGCGACAUUCGGCAGUGCAGGCAGCAUCAAUUUCCCAGACAGGAAGGCCUUGUCUGAUGGGCACCCGCUGAGAUCAACCUGUGGAUCGACUAGACACAGUAGUCUCGGAGAUCAGAAAUCUCUAGAAGCAGAAGCACUUGCUGAGGACAUCGAGAAGACCAUGAACACAGCGCUGAACGAGCUACGGGAGCUGGAGAGGCAGAACACAGCCAAGCAGGCCCCUGAUGUGGUCCUGGACACGCUGGAACCCUUGAAGAACCCCCCGAUGGGCGCUGCCAACUCGGAGCCCGCCAGCCCCCUGCACACCAUCCUGAUCCGGGACCCCGAGGCGGCCAUGCGGCGCAGCAGCAGCUCCACCACCGAGAUGAUGACCACCUUCAAGCCAGCCCUGUCCGCCCGGCUGGCCGGGGCGCAGCUGCGGCCGCCGCCCAUGCGGCCGGUGCGGCCGGUGGUGCAGCACCGCUCCAGCAGCAGCAGCAGCUCGGGGGUGGGCAGCCCCGCCGUCACCCCCACCGAGAAGCUCUUCCCCAGCGGCUCGGCAGAUAAAUCGGGCACCAUGUAGGCCGGGGAGAGGCGGCGGGGGAGCCAGGGCCUGGGCGGCGGGAGCGGGGCCGCGGCGCGGGAGAGCUUCGCUCGGCCGAGCGGGAAGUCUGACCGUGCUCCAGAGGGACCUCUCCCAGCGGGGAAGCAGUGCGUAGCCUCGGCCUGACUGCUGGUUGUACCUACUACGUGUGUGAGCACGGACGUGUGUGCGCGCACCCCAUCCAUGCAGAAACGCUUCCCAAGCUCGCAGUCCUGCGGCAGGAGGAGACGCUGGGUCUACGUGUUGGCACUGGAGAAUACACGCUAUAUGUAGAAGUAUAUAUUAAAAAAAAGUAUGUACAGAGUUCAAUGACUUUUUUUAAAAUAAGUAGAUUUACCUCAGAAACUGGCUCUGAAAUGUCCUAUCUAGAGAUGUUGGUUGAUUUGGGUUUUUCCCCAACUAUCUGUGUGCGUGUGUGUGCGUGGAGGUACGUAGCAGCUGUGCGUUGAGCAAUACAAGGCCAAUCCUGCAAUUUAUUUCUACAUCUCUUGGCAUUUAAACAAAAAAGGUGGCGGGGGGGGGGGAAGAUACAGUGGGUUUUGUUCACUGCUGGCCUGUGGAGAAGAGCUGGGAGUGCAUAAAUGCUGGUGUGUGCCAGGCCGGCCAGAGCGUCUUUUCAGACUGAAUCCCGAGACGCCUCGUGGUGCAGCGCGACACGCGGACGGAGCGGAGCAGAGGGUGACGUGUGCUCCCUCAGCUUCACCCGGGGCUGAGGACACUGCUGCUGCGCUGGGGCACAGCCCUGCCUGCCCCGCGGGGCCACAGGACUCUGGAUUUCUUGAAGAUUUCAGAAUGAACAAGGACUAGUGACAAACCUGUGGUAGAGCUUACUUAGAAUAACUUAACACAGUUUUGAGAUGCUUAAUUUCCCUUUCCCCAACACUUUUUUUCUAGAUAAAGCCCUAAUGGUGUCUCGACAGAUGGGACUGAACAGGCGAGGAGGCUUUGGUACAAGAACGUUCCUUUCAUUGAAGUUGCACAGCAGUACAUGAGGGUCUUGAUUCAGUUUGUGUCCUCUUGCAUGAAAAGCAUGAGCCAUAUUUGACCAUAUCAGAUGCGGAACCGAUCUGAUGGGGUGAUAUUUUGCACUUUCUGUACUGUACUAUAGAAUACAACAGUUUGAGUUUAUGCAAAAGAAUCUACAUUUUCUUUUUCCUCUGAACAUUUAGCCCAGAGAAAAAAAUAUGCAGAACGAGCUGGGGAUUGCAUGGUACUUUGAUAAUCACGUCUCUCUGUGAGUGCUGGAUUCAAGACACUCUGCUUCUCCUGCAGGUUUUUUUUUCACCUUGUACAUAUUUUCAUGCAGUUACCCAUGGUUUAAUUUGGUCACUUCCAUAUGGUCACGUACAACCCCAGCCUGGAACGGGCCGUGGCGUCUCUUGGCUGCACAGAGAAGCCAUACUAGUGGCUCCUGAACCUUUCUCCUUUCUUCUUUUCUCUCUGAUUUCUGCAGUUCUGUCCAUCCGAGCAGCCCGCCAGCCCUCCUGCCUCACCCACCUGCCCCUGCCCAGGGCUUCAUUUUUGAUCCUCCUUCAUCAUCCUCUUCUCUCCAGCAUGGCUGCAGCUGGAGGAGCAGCUGGCAGCUCACCGGGCUGUGCCCACCCAUCUCUGCCACCCGUGCCCAGCCUCUGGACCUCCACACACCCAGCACCCACCCACCUGAUGGGCCUGGCACUUGUGCCUGUGCCCCGUGCAGCAGCAUGUGCCCCUUCCCCCAUCCUGCCUCGGCCCUCUCUGUAUAUAGUGCUCUACUUGCUGGAAAGUAACUGUUAACAUGUAAACUGUACAAAAAAUAGGCUAAGAUUAGAUGAAAGCCAAUACCACUCACCAAAUCUUUGCACUUAGUAGGUAGCUCAAUGUAAAAAUAAAACCCAGUAAUAAUAAUAAUAAUAAUAAAAAUAAGUGAAAAAAGAAAGCUGCCAAGCUAACCUUUCCGUGUACAGUGGGGGAGAAGUACUGUAUGUAGUGGUUCUGUCCUUGUUCCUCUGUAUAAUGCUGUGAGGGGAAAUGGUGUGUAUGUACUUGUCUAUUAACAUUGUUGACAUUUGUAAUUACCACAAUUGGUUCCUAUUGAUGUUUAUUUUUCCUCAUAAUUUUUCCCCCCUUUCCCAACGUAGGCUAACCCCGAGGUCACUGCCUCUCUCAUUAUGGGCAGCAGAUGUUCCAACAGUCUGUCAGUCUGGUCUAGUAAUGAACCAGCAAAUGUGCUUUCAGGGGGAGGGAAGGAACCCAUUUGGCUCAAGAGCUGUGUAGUUGAUGCCAGUAAUUAUUCUUUUUUUUUUUCCAUUUAGUUCCUGGAGAACAUUCACUUUGCCAGUCUUCUGGGUUUUUUUAUAUACUUUCAAAGAUUACUUGAUAACAGAACCAUUUUUUCCCCUCCCUUGUUACUUCUGAAGAUACAGUACCAGUUCCUGUGUCUUUCUAUUAAAUUAUUGCCUUUUGUUUUUGUUUUGUUGUGGGUUUUUAAUACAAUUGUUUUCUUAUCUUUAAGUGCCUUUUUGAGCACCAGAACAAAUGCUUGGAGUUAAUGUCCUAAGGAGCUGUACCCAUCAUGAUUUCCUUUGAGCAGUUGCGUUGUGCUGGGAGUGAUUGCUUUUAAAGUUCUUUUUAAGUUGUUUGGGUUGUUGUUGUUUUUUUUUUUUAAUAAUAGAAAAACAAGAUGUUUUGCUGAAGAAUAAACUACCCCUUUUUAAUACAGUAUUCAAA